AUGUCGUCUUCACCAACCCCCUCAGAGCGCGAGGCUACCGACAAGGCCACUGCUGCCCGUGAGGCUGAAGAGCAGGCCAAACUUCCCUACAAGUGGAUGCAAACCAUCCAGGAUGUCGACUUGACUGCUCAGGUUCCUGGAAACCUCAAGGCUCGCGACUUUGACAUCAAGAUCACAAAGGACCACUUGCGCGUUGCUAUCAAGGGCCAGGAUCCUAUCAUCAAUGUACGCCCUGUUCAGUCUCAUCUACUCAGCCUAUGCUCACAAGGACAAACAGNNGGCGACCUCCCUCAUCCCAUCUACGUCGACGAAUCUACCUGGACCCUCGAAACCACUCCCUCAGGCAAGGAACUCGCCGUCCACCUCGACAAGGUCAACAAGAUGGAGUGGUGGGCCCACGUCGUCAAGAACGCUCCCAAGAUCGACACCUCCAAAAUUGCCCCUGAGAACAGCAAGCUCAGCGAUCUCGACGGCAACACCAGAUCUAUGGUCGAGAAGAUGAUGUACGACCAGAAGCAGAAGGAGAUGGGUCUCCCCAGCUCCGACGAGCAGAAGAAGCAGGAGAUGCUUGGUGUGUGCAAUCUACGUGAUGUGUCUAAGACCAGUCUUGUGCUAACCUGCCACCAGNAAAAAUUCAUGGCCCAGCAUCCCGAGAUGGACUUCUCCCAGGCCAAGAUGUCCCCAUGA